ACUCUUGGAAAACCUCAUUCAAAACAAAACACAAAAAAAGUGUUUUUGCUCGAGUUGGGAGCGGGGAUUAGUUCAUGUUUUCCACUUGCUGACAGAUCCAUACAGAGAAAAACUUGACCAAAAAACGAAGCAAUCUUUCCUUUUAGAUUUUCCCCCCAUCUUUUUGUCAAAAGUCUUUGAAUCCAUUUCCUCCCAAUUUCCUGUCUUUCCACUUCCACCUCCUAGAAAGUCCUUGAGAGUGACCCAGUUGGGGACUGGGAUUGCUUGGAAAGAUUUUCAAAGGUUAAAGUCAGGUAACGUGCAAUCCCACCACAAAAGUCGUUUCCCUUUCUUGCAAGGUUGAAUGUGUUUCGAGAAAUUUUAAUUUGGAAAUGUUUUGAUUGGGCGUAGGGUGAAAUCAGUCGGUCGUUUGCCAUUAUUGGGUUUUUAAAUUCCUAAACUCCGAAUAAAAUAUGAGGGAUGCUGUGGUUCCGGAUCUAACACCCUUUGGAAUCCAGUUGCUGAAAUUAGAAACAAACAGAUUCUGGGUCUUGCAAGAAAUGGUUAAUGAAGUAAUGGGUAUGUCUGUUUUCGAUCACUGGUUUCCAGUUUUAGUACAAAUGGAUUAAUAUUUAGAAUUCUUGCUCAUUUUUUUAGUUCUUGGCCUCUCUCUCUCUCUCUCUCUCUGUGCCAAUGGUUAGAUCUCAAUUCAGUUGAGACAAUUGUGUCUGACACAAAGACUCACUGAAUAAACAAAGCUGAACCACAGAUGACACCUGAAACCCAUAAAACAAGAAGUGGGUGGUGUUUGUGUUUAUAGAAUCAAACAAAGAAUCAGAGAAAAAGUUCUGAUUUAUCGGCAUCUGUAUCUUGGAUGAGUGCAAGAAUGUGAGGUAGAAUCUGGGGAAGACUUUGUUCCUUUGAAAGAAAUAAACGACUUUUGUUUGUUCAUUUUUUCUGGGGGAUUUGAUCUUGUGGUAUUGUUGAGCAUGGGUGAAUUUCCCAAUGAGUGGAGUUGGGAAGAGAACAAGCUGUUUGAGGUGGCUCUGGCGAUGGUGGAUGAGCAAGACCCGGAUCGGUGGGAUGCAGUCGCGGCCAUUGUCGGAGGGAAGAAGAGUGCAGAGGAAGUGCAGAGACAUUAUGUAAUCCUUUUGGAGGAUUUGCACUUCAUUGAAUCUGGGUGUCUUGAUCACGAGCUGGAGGAUGCUCAGUCAUAUGGUCAAGUUGAGUGUAUUAGUCAGUCAGUGUAUUGGACAGAUGAGGAUCAAAAUUUGAUCUGUUCUUCAAAUUUGUCCCACGGUAUAAGCUACUUUUGACAAAUUUCAACGCUAAAAGCCUUCAAGCUUGUUCUGUAUUUCUUGAUUGGCAUUAGGGAGGUUUGCAGUCAUUUUUUGGCCAAUUUGAGCUGAAGAAAAGGGCCUGAUUUCCUUUUAUUGGUAUUGUUCGAAUGAGCUUUAGCAAAUAAGAUUUGGAAAUAUAUGAACCUAGCAAAUAAGCUCUGGAGGGUCAAACUUGGCAUGGAACUCUUUUACUCUUCCUCUUGUACUUGCAGAGGAACUACAAAAGACCGCUGUAAGAAACCAAGAAGAAAAGAAACUAGUAGGAAAAAGAGAACCAACUCCAGUAUUCCAGAUGAGAAAAACCCACUGUUCAGUUUCCUAAUGACUAUGUCUGCGCUGAAGCUGCGGAAAGAAAAUGGCACUUUUUCCACAUCUCUCUGCUUUUAUCUGCUGUACAGACUAUGGAGAGACUGCAAUACGGCCCUUUUUUUCACAUCUCGGAAUUUUGUCGAUCCUUGCACAAAGCCUUUUGUCCGAGAGAAAACUAAAGGAUCUAACAGUUCAUAUUUCUAGCUGCUCAUACUCUGCUGGUGACCCAUAAUUGUUGCUUGACUGGAUGCCGUUCAGUAAAUUUUAUUUUUAUCAAGCAAUGUAGAUACUCUGGCUAGUUUUCUUGAGAUGUCUUUUUUCUUGUCUGUGUAAUUGUUUUGAUGUCUCCCUUGAAAUGCAUGUAACAUCCUAGAAAGAGUACUCUGGAAUUUGGGUUGCCUAUCUACUCUUCUUAGUUUAA